AUGUUGACUGCUAUUGUAGUCGUUUAUAGUCGACCAUCGCGAAUAACGGAAAACAGUGAAUACUUUGAUGAAAAUGAUAUCUUAGGUCGCUACGGCAGGUCGCGUGAUCACCAGAUGGGGUUGCGUGAUCACCAGAUGGGGUCGCGUGAUCACCAGAUGGAGUCGCGUGAUCACCAGAUGGUGUCCACGGAUGUUUGGUCGGAAGCGGCAGGGCUUACGGAAAGGCAGUGGCAAACUAAAAGUUCAUUACCCGAUAUCAGUAACCCAUUUAGUGACGAGGUUGAGGUGGUAAGUGGUCAAGCGAUCGGUGGUCGGAAUGUUGAAGGUAGCAGUUCGUAUUUCUUGGUUGGGUGUGCGAAAGUAACGUGGUCUGAAAUUCCAUAUUUACUGGAGUGGUUGGAAUACCACAGACUACAAGGUUUUGAUAAGAUGGUGUUAUACAUCGACGAUAUACCUUGGGUCGAUAUUAUGGGGAUAAAGAAUGAAUAUCACUUGAUCGAAGACUAUUAUCGAAACGAAUUGAAGCAUGGGGACUUUCUUGAAGUCAAAACGUCAGGUGGUCUGGCCUUUGACAGUACCGCGGACAUCCUAAGACUUCGGCUACGUGAUUACUCACCAAAUUCUGUAUACAUGCAUAGACUUAACCAACAAACACUCGUUCAACAUUGCUGGCGCAAAUUCCGCACACGAACGGAAUGGUUCGCACACAUUGAUGUGGACGAGUUCCUCUAUGUUGACAUCGCCAAUGUGACCCUCAGACAGUAUCUCAGGAACUUUUACGUAGGCGGCACUCAUUAUCGGCGGGUCAAAACUCGCGAAGAAAAAAACAACAACACCGAGAACGAAUUUCUCGCCGCUGUUCAGGAACAAGAGAAGGCGGUAUCCGAACUCUAUUUGCUCUCCAGUCUUAGCGGACUAUACAUUCCAACACUCAACUUCGGCUUGGGUGGUCUGGAACACACUUUCAGUCCGGCCUUCAAAGUAGCUCGCAAUCUACUCACCGGAAAUAUCGAGUUCUUCGCGUCCAACACCAAGGUAGUACCGAACCUCCCCACAGCCGAGCAACCCAUAACCGAGCAACCCAUAACCGAGCAACCCAUAACCGAGCAACCCAUAACCGAGCAACCCAUAACCGAGCAACCCAGCAAGAAGUCGGACUCCAACCAAGGUCCUGGGAAAGCCAUUCGCGAUCUGACCGAAUACUUGCAGGGGAAGUGUCACCGUCCUUCUUAUGAGGCCUUCUCUGAGUUGCUGUCGAACGCGACACGCCAUCAUGUGUCUGAGUUGCCACUGGUGUCCAACACCUGUCAACGUACAGUGCCGAAUUCUCGUUUCGGCACGAGUCCUGCGGAGAUUUUGGAGAUACAGAGCCGCAUGCGGCCCGACUGUCGGCCACUGCUAGAGGUGUUCAACAACACGAAGGGCUUCGCCGUGAUUCGAACCCGGAACCUGCCGGGCAUGCGCCGUUUCGCAGGCACGACGCUCGACCGCAAAUUCCCUGUUAGCUGUUACCCAUCGGCCUUGAGUUCCCGACUCACCACCAUGGGCAAAACCAUUCUGUGGACCGGCCGCCGCCACCAGCCACCCAAAGGCUUCAGAGAACUACCGCCGUCCCCGCUGUACCCGUUCUCACAGCUCGUAAACGGCGCAAAGGGAAAAGACGAGCCAAAAGAGUCGGAGGCUAUGCAGGUGGUGAUGGCGAAUGUGCCUUUCCCUUCAGUGGCGCGGCGAGCGCCGAUGAACUUGAACCGGUUCAACUUGGCCAAUAAGGAGCGCAUGGCACUGGACCGGAUUGUCUGGGAGGACGGGUCACUGGCGGCGGGCGAGAAGAAUGAGAAGGCGGGUUAUUGGUGGAGUGUGUUGCCGGACAAUUUAUCCUACCGCGCAUAUGCGGGGGGUGCUCUAGGCCGUCUGGGUGGUGCGUGGUUGUCUGCAGUUCCACUGUGGUCUCGAUUCGGGUGGCGGAAGGAGGAGGUGCGUUUGUUGGCGGAGCGUAAUGUGCCAAGUUGGUUUUGUGAGGUGGCUUGGGUACAUGGCUGUGCACAUCGUGUGAAGUAUCCGUUAAUAAUCUCGCCGGCGGCCUUACGGGUGAACCAUUACAUGAUUCGUUCGUUAGAAGCGCGCACUAUUAGCGACGUAAGUUGGCGUCGUGGUCAGACGGGUUGGGGCAAGUUCGGUUCGAACCCGGUCGAGUUUACAGUGCUCGAAUACGCCACCGCUGUCGCUGCGACCAACGCCAGUUUGGUACCUACACGACUCAGCCAAGCCCUUGCCAACCGCUACAAUGUUCACUUCCAACCAGUUGAUCUUAGAUGCACAAAAGCCGGAGUCCAACGCACCUGGCAUACACCUUGCGAACGCACAUGCCCAGCACACCAUCCACAACCAAGGUUCAACGGCACCGCCUGCAGCACCAACUCCCACUCACCCGACUUGGUACUCUGCGCCGUUCACGGCUUGCUUACCCACUCAGAAGAGUCUCAGCGUACUCUACGCCGUUCAGAUUCCCCCGUUCCCGACUUUGGACGACAUUUGGGCCUCUGUUGUACAUAA